CUACAAAGUUAUCUCCUUUGUCAACUACUCCAAUUUCCUUUUUAUCUUUUCCUUUCGCCCAAAACCCAGUUUAUCACCUCUUUCAAAUGCGAAGCAAUUUCCUGUAAAUCCCCUUGGAAAUCAUGUCUUGUAUUUACAGCUCAGUCUCCUCUUUCUCAAUUUCAUCUAAAUCUGCAUUUCCAUCUUCUUCUUCUCGCUCUAAUUUCAAGCCCAGAAUCUCUUGUUCCGUUGGAGGAACUGUUGCUGAACCAAAAACUAUAAAUGCAACAGAGCCUUUGUUGCUUGAUGCUGUUCGGGGUAAAGAAGUAGAAAGGCCUCCUGUUUGGCUUAUGAGACAAGCAGGGAGGUACAUGAAGAGCUAUCAAACCUUAUGUGAGAAGCACCCAUCCUUCCGUGAGAGAUCGGAAAAUGUAGAUCUUGUGGUAGAAAUUUCUCUGCAGCCAUGGAAAGUAUUCCAGCCUGAUGGGGUCAUUUUGUUUUCAGAUAUUCUUACUCCACUCUCUGGAAUGAACAUCCCUUUUGACAUUAUAAAGGGGAAGGGUCCUGUCAUAUUUUAUCCACCAACAACACUUUCUGAUGUUGAGAAAGUCAGAGAAUUCAUUCCUGAAGAAUCAGUUCCAUAUGUUGGAGAAGCAUUAACAAUUUUGCGGAAAGAGGUCAAUAAUCAAGCAGCAGUUCUGGGUUUCGUUGGGGCACCAUUUACCUUGGCAUCAUAUGUGGUUGAAGGUGGUUCCUCUAAGAACUUUACAAAAAUUAAGAGAUUAGCUUUUGCGGAGCCCAAGGUCCUUCAUUCGCUGCUUCAAAUAUUUGCAACCUCAAUGGCUAAAUAUAUCCGUUACCAAGCUGACCAUGGAGCUCAAGCAGUUCAGAUCUUUGAUUCAUGGGCCACAGAGCUAAGCCCAGUCGAUUUUGAGGAGUUCAGUCUACCAUACUUAAAACAGAUAGUUGAGGCAGUGAAACUAACCCAUCCUGAUCUCCCUCUGAUUCUUUAUGCAAGUGGAUCAGGUGGCUUGCUAGAGAGACUACCCUUGACAGGAGUAGAUGUAGUCAGUUUGGACUGGACAGUUGAUAUGGCUGAUGGUAGGAGACGACUGGGUCCUAAUGUGGCUAUACAAGGUAAUGUGGAUCCUGGAGUGCUUUUUGGCUCUAAGGAAUUUAUUACCAACCGGAUAAAUGAUACAGUGAAGAAAGCUGGUAAAGGGAAACAUAUUUUGAACCUUGGACAUGGCAUCAAAGUAGGUACACCUGAGGAAAAUGUUGCUCACUUCUUUGAGGUUGCCAAAGGUCUUAGGUAUUAGAAGCACAUCAAAUCACUAUCAAUUUUAACCUGUUCCAUAUUUCCGACAAGGUCUAUCAUUCUUCUCCUCAUUUUUUCUCUUGUAUCUAGUGAUUCCUGUGAGUGAACAGGGAAACAAAUAUUUCCAGAGCAUUUUUGUUAGAAUGUGCAUUUAAGAUCUAUUUGAGUCUGAAGUUGAAGCUAGGCUUUCUCAUUGUGUAUCUGAGUGUAGAUUUUUGACUGAUAGUAGUCUAGUUCAACUCUGAUAAACUUUGAAAGUUGAACUCACUGAACUUUUUGUUU